AAUGAUGGGUCUUAUGGCUGGAGAGCUGAGUGGACACCUGACUGGAGAUAUGAGUGGUAUAAAGGCACAGACAGUGUAAUGUUACAGACGUCUGAGCGUUACACUGUAAACAGAGACACUCUCACUAUCAGAGGAGUAACUACAUCUGAUCAGGAUCAGUACUGGUGUAAAGGACAGAGAGAUGAAAGACCAAAAUCAUCACACUCAAGCUCUGUUUCUCUCAAUGUGACGGAUUCACCCAGAUCUACACUGACUGUGACACCAGACAGUCCUGUAUUUACUGGAGAGACAGUCAAUCUGAAGUGUGUGAUUGAGUCUUACAGUGACUGGAGAUAUGAGUGGUAUGAAGGCACAGACAGUGUAAUGUUACAGACGUCUGAGCGUUACACUGUAAACAGAGACACUCUCACUAUCAGAGGAGCUACUGAGUCUGAUGCGGGUCAGUACUGGUGUAGAGGACAGAGAGAUGAAAGACCAAACUCAUCACAAUCAAGCUCUGUUUCUCUCACUGUGACAGUGUCACGUUCAGGUCAGAUUUCUGUCUUCAACAUCCUCAGUUUUCUUCUGGCAGCUUGUCCGUAUCUGCUGGCGACAGUUGUGCUGCUUUUCAAAUGCUACAGAGCGAGAGUUACAUCUAUUGAAGAUCAAAGCCAGUAA